GCAACACUCUCGGCUACGGGUCCAACCGCCGAAAGGUCAAUCGGAGGAAAAAGGCUCGUUCUGAUAGCUUCACAAUCGAACCUCCGAAUACCGCCCGCCCGCCCAUCCAGACUCCCAAUCCUUUCUCCCCCCGGCAAUCCACAUCACAAACCGUCAAGAUGACUUGGCUCGGAGCCCGCGCACUCAAGAAGUACCCCGCGCCCUUCCUUAAGCCGAUGGCGCCUUUCUUCGCUGCCGGUCUGGUCAUCGCCUACGGCAUCAACUCCGCCCAGAACGCCAUGAUGAAGUCCGACGAGUGGAAGAACGACGCCCGCAACCCCCUCGCCAAGAGCGCCCACUAAGUUCGCGAUGGAAUGAUCUGGGGCUAUGCAUAGACAAGACCGAGCAUUCGGGGAACGGGUCGAGGAUAAACGAGCCGCCGACGCGUAUUCCUUCAUGGACGCUGUACCAUAGACACACGGCUCGCCGUCAAUUGAGCUGUUGUACUAAUCUAUCCACCCUAUAUCCUCCGA